AUGGAUUAUAAUACUCAAUUCCUUGCUAAAUACUUUCUAUCAUUUCCAAAUGAUAUCAUAAUUGACAUUAUUCGUUUAAUUAAGUCACCUGAACUAAUUGCAUGUUUAUUGAAUACAAAUGGGUUUGAAAAAAUAGUUUAUAAAGAAUUCUUAAAUCAAAUUAUCAUUUGUAAAGAUAUAAAACUAAAUUCUAUAUCUAUAGGAACAACCCUAGGACAUUGGUAUGAACCAUUUACUAAAUAUUUACCGGUUAUAUUACCAAAUUGGCCAUUAUAUAUUAAGCCAAGAAGAGUCUAUCUUGAUGGGACUUUGAAAGAAAUUAAACAGAUUAUAUUCCAAAAUCGUAAAUACUUGAGAUUAGUUAGAGAAAUUCAUAUAUCAAUAUCCAUAGACUACAAAACUUUCGAAGACGCUCAAGGUCUUACUGAGGUGGCUCGAUUUCCAAAUGUUUCAUUGUUUAAAAUAAAGCUCAAUUGGAAUAAUGAUUCAGAACUUGUGUUGCAUAUUAGCACAGAUGAUUUAACAGAUAUAUUAUCAUUCACUAUGAAAUUAGCUUUUAGGAAAACAUUUCCUGCAAUUAUUAGCAUAUUACCUAUUUCAAUUGAAUCUAUUUAUUUCAAAUCUUUUAAGAAAAUUCUGUUUGCUCAUUUAUAUAAUUUGAAAAGUUUAUCACUUGAAAAGCUAACAGUUGAAUUGGAUAAUGGAAGCUUCCCUGAUUCGUUGGAAAGUAUUAUAAUAAAUGGAGAUUGUGACAAGUUUAUUGUAAAUAAUCAUUUUGAAUGGCCACCGAAUAUGACAUCUAUUGUUAUUGAGAAUACCCAUAUGAAUGAUGAUAGGUUGUUGACACUUUCACAAUGGCCUCUUUCAUUAAAAUCACUUAGUUUGAGAAAUAAUAUGUUCUACCAAAUUAGUAGUAUAGACAAGUUACCACCAAGCUUAGAAUAUUUAGAAAUAAUUGCUGAUGAAUAUGGUGUUUAUAAGGAAAAAAGAAUUGAAUUUGAACCAGGAACUUUCAACGUUGGUUAUCAUAUAUUUCCAGAAUCUUUAACAACUUUAAAAUUAACUGGUGUAGUGUUUUAUAAAUUUCCUGAAUUUUUAUUUAGGUUUCCUGAUCAUCUUCAAAGAUUAAAGAUUUCACAAGGUUUAAAAUCAUUAAAAUUUUGUAUAUUUCCAAGUUCCUUAACUCAUUUAGAUUUAAGUAAAAACAGUAUAUUUAGUUUGAGUAGCUAUGAUUGUCCAAAUUUAAAUAAAAAUUGGCACCAGCUUGUGAAUCUAAAGUGUCUUACAGCUUCCAAAACUUUAAUAUCUCUGUUUGGUAUCAUUAAUUGGUUACCUCCUAAGAGUUUAAGAUAUCUUGAUUUGAGCUCAACAAGGAUUAAUAAUUUCAAUAUUGGGAUUUUCAAACACUCAAAAAAAGAGUAUACUAAUAAUCUAGUAUCUAUAAAUCUUGCUUACUGUAUUAUUAAUGAUAUACCUAAUGAUUUUCAUUUACCUACUAAUGUAUUUGAUUUUGGUCUAAGUAAUGGGAUCUAUACCUUUAUUGGUCUUCCGGUAACUAUAAAAAAUGAGAGAAUAACCAUAAAUGUCAUUCCAUCUCCCAAAAAGUAUCCUUUUAAUCUAACUAACAUGUUAAUAGUUUAG